AUGGCUCAGAGUAUAACAGGUUAUGGGCCCAGGAACAGACUGUAUUUUGACGGUGAUGAGCGCAAGUACGAGUUAUGGGAAGUGAAGUUUUUGGGCUACAUGCGGCUACAGAAAUUGCAUAAUGUGAUUGAUCCUCCUGCAUCAAGUACGACUGCUGCAGACGUUACCAAAAAUGCCGAGGCAUUUGCGGAGUUGAUUCAGUUCCUGGAUGACCGUAGUCUAUCCCUUGUGAUGCGUGAUGCGAAGGACGAUGGACGUGAGGCACUGAGGAUUUUACGGGAACACUACUUAUCGAAAGGUAAACCCAAGGUCAUAUCACUGUACACGGAGCUCACAACGUUGCUUAAGGGAGAAAACGAGAGUGUUACAGACUAUGUGAUUCGAGCCGAGACGGCGGCAACUGCACUUAAAACGUCUGGUGAAACUAUUAGUGACAGCUUGUUGGUGGCAAUGGUGCUUAAGGGUUUACCUACGGAAUUCAAGCCAUUUAUGACUGUAAUUACACAAAGAGAAAAGGCAUUGACAUUUGCUGAGUUCAAGGUGUCUCUCAGAAGUUUCGAGGAGACAGAGAAGUCGUGCGGCGACAAAAGUGACAGUGACAGAGUGAUGAGGAUAGAGUCUCGUAAAUUCAGUGGUACGUGUUUCAAGUGCGGUCUUCAGGGUCACAAAUCGGUCGACUGCCGUGUCUCUAGACCGAACCAGACUUUAAGAAGAUGGUGUGAGAACUGCAGGAAUAACUCCCACGAUACGAAGUUUUGUUGGAAGAGUUCGGGGGGUAACAGUGGUAAAGACUCUGCCAGGAACGUAAAAGAUUAUAGUGAUGAUUAUGACAGUCAGAGCCACAGUUUUGUGUUUAAAGUGGGGCUUCGGAGAUCAGAGACUGAAUCAUGUGUUGUGGUUAACAAGUUAAUGGUGGACUGUGGUGCAACUACUCAUAUAAUCAAUGAUGACUCCAAAUUUGUGUGUUUUGACAAGCAAUUUGAUCCUGAGAGACAUUUUAUUGAACUAGCUGAUGGUAGUAGAACAAAUAAUCUGGUUAAAAAGAAAGGUGAUGCCUGUGUUACCCUUGUAGACUCUUGUGGGAAAAUGACUCAGUUUAGAAACAGACAAGCUGAUGAGCGUUCAAAAGCUAAACUAGAUAUGGUACACUGUGACCUAGCUGGUCCCAUUGAUCCUGUUGCCAAGGACGGUUUUAAGUAUGCACUCAGUUUUGUUGAUGAUUACUCCGGUCUUAUCAUGAUAUACUUCCUCAAAUAUAAGUGUGACACCUUACAGGCAACUAAGCAUUUCAUAGCAGACAUUUCUCCCUAUGGCUCAGUGAAAUGUCUCAGAAGUGAUGAAGAGUCUGGUCUGCCAAAGUUUCUGUGGACGUAUGCCGUUAUGGCCUCUGCUUACAUUAGAAACAGAUGUUAUAACCUUAGGAUUAAGAAGACUCCAUUCGAGGCUUUUGCAGGUAAAAAGCCAAAUAUUAGUAAUAUGCACAUUUUUGGUUCUGUAUGUUAUGCCUAUGUACAACAGAAGAAAAAACUUGAUGCCAGAAGUAGAAAAGCUGUGGGAAGUAGGUGGGUAUAUGACCUGAAGUUUAACCCUAACAAUGAGACAAGGUACAAGGCUCGUUUUGUUGCUAAGGGUUACUCUCAGGAGGCAGUCCCUAAAGGCCUCGUCACACGAUCAAUGAGCGAGUGUGGGAUUCGAAACGGGUACAGCAGAUUCGUAGCCAGGCGCGCUAGCCACUACACCACGGGGGCACACAUGAGCAGUACCUGCCUCUAUAAUGAGAAUGGCUGCUUGAUACGAUCUUUGCAAACACAAGCCAUUCACGAGGAGCAUAAUGAGGUGUGGCAGCUAAUCGAAAGCUACCCCUGCGAGAACAGCGGCAGCGAUCCAGCCCAGGCUAGCGCCAUAGAGAAAGGACGCGGGGAGCACUACAGGGAGAUCUUAGGAGGUGAAAAGAAGGUUGCCUUAUCCUCAACACCUCCCAAUCACUCUUCAAUGCCUAAUUCUGUCCUCUCCUCGCCUCUCCUCUCGAACACGCACUCUUCCGCCCCAUCAAGGGAACAAGCACGCCAGAAAACUAAAACCAACACCAAUGCUCUCAUCAGAAAAAUAAAUGUACGCAUAGACUACGGAAUUCGCUAUUUUGAUGUCAUCAGGAAACUUCGACAUUAUGCUGGUAACACCCUCAUCUAUGUCGUUAAUAUAAACAAGGAAGAGAACAGGUCCUAA